AGAGCCUGCCGCCUGUGCGAGUGUGAGGGGGAGAGCGAGAGCAAGGGAGGGAGAGAGAGGCAGGCUGCGCGAGGAGAGGCGAGGCGAGGCGAGGCGAGGCGAGGCGAGCGGAGCCAGCGCUCCGGCUAGCAUGAGGACGGCUUCUCUUUCCCGUGCACAGUUAAUCUGGCUGUCAGUUGGUGUUAACGCUGCAGUUUAAGUGCUCGGAUUCCAAGGGAAACAGACAAACCUCGCGGAAGGAAGCAAGCGAGCAAGCAAGCAAGGAAAGGCAGGAGGAAAAGAACCGGCAGAACAGAGAGAGGAAUAAAGGGAAGGGGGAGAAACGCUAAAUCUAUGAUUGGACCUGGGCUUCUUUUUCGCCAAUGCAAAAAGGAAUAUGCAGCACAUUUUCGCCUUCUUCUGCACCGGUUUUCUAGGCGCGGUAGUAGGUGCCAAUUUCCCCAACAAUAUCCAGAUCGGGGGAUUAUUUCCAAACCAGCAGUCACAGGAACAUGCCGCAUUUAGAUUUGCUUUGUCGCAACUCACAGAGCCCCCGAAGCUCCUCCCCCAAAUUGAUAUUGUGAACAUCAGCGACAGCUUUGAGAUGACCUAUAGAUUCUGUUCCCAGUUCUCCAAAGGAGUCUAUGCCAUCUUUGGGUUUUAUGAACGGAGGACCGUGAACAUGCUGACCUCCUUCUGCGGGGCCCUCCACGUCUGCUUCAUUACGCCAAGCUUUCCCGUUGACACAUCCAACCAGUUUGUCCUUCAGCUGCGCCCCGAGUUGCAGGAUGCCCUUAUUAGUAUCAUCGACCAUUACAAGUGGCAGAAAUUUGUCUACAUUUACGAUGCUGACCGGGGUUUGUCCGUCCUGCAGAAAGUCCUGGACACAGCUGCUGAGAAGAACUGGCAGGUGACAGCAGUCAACAUUUUGACAACCACAGAGGAGGGAUACCGGAUGCUCUUUCAAGACCUGGAGAAGAAAAAGGAGCGGCUAGUGGUGGUGGACUGUGAAUCAGAACGCCUCAAUGCUAUCUUGGGCCAGAUUAUAAAGCUGGAGAAGAAUGGCAUCGGCUACCACUACAUUCUUGCAAAUCUGGGUUUCAUGGACAUUGAUUUAAACAAAUUCAAGGAAAGUGGAGCAAAUGUGACAGGUUUCCAGUUGGUGAACUACACAGAUACCAUCCCAGCCAAGAUCAUGCAGCAGUGGAAGAAUAGUGAUGCUCGAGAUCACACCCGAGUGGACUGGAAGAGACCUAAGUACACCUCUGCGCUCACCUACGAUGGGGUGAAGGUGAUGGCUGAGGCGUUCCAGAGCCUGCGGAGGCAGAGAAUCGAUAUAUCCCGCCGGGGGAAUGCUGGGGACUGCCUGGCUAACCCAGCUGUCCCCUGGGGCCAGGGGAUCGACAUCCAGAGAGCUCUGCAGCAGGUGCGGUUUGAAGGCUUGACAGGAAAUGUACAGUUUAAUGAGAAAGGACGCCGGACCAAUUACACCCUCCACGUGAUUGAAAUGAAGCAUGACGGCAUCCGAAAGAUUGGUUACUGGAAUGAAGAUGACAAGUUUGUCCCUGCAGCUACUGAUGCUCAAGCUGGGGGGGAUAAUUCAAGUGUCCAGAAUAGAACGUACAUCGUCACUACAAUCCUAGAAGAUCCUUAUGUGAUGCUCAAGAAGAAUGCCAAUCAGUUUGAGGGCAAUGACCGCUACGAGGGCUACUGCGUGGAGCUGGCCGCAGAGAUUGCCAAGCAUGUGGGCUACUCCUACCGUCUUGAGAUUGUCAGCGAUGGAAAAUAUGGAGCCCGCGACCCUGACACAAAGGCUUGGAAUGGCAUGGUGGGAGAGCUGGUCUAUGGAAGAGCAGAUGUGGCCGUGGCCCCUUUAACAAUCACCUUGGUCCGGGAAGAGGUGAUAGACUUCUCCAAGCCAUUUAUGAGUUUGGGGAUCUCCAUCAUGAUAAAAAAGCCACAGAAGUCCAAGCCAGGGGUCUUCUCCUUCCUCGACCCUUUGGCUUAUGAGAUUUGGAUGUGCAUCGUGUUUGCCUACAUUGGAGUGAGUGUCGUCCUUUUCCUGGUCAGCCGCUUCAGUCCCUAUGAAUGGCACAGUGAAGAGUUUGAGGAAGGCCGGGACCAGACAACCAGUGACCAGUCCAAUGAGUUUGGGAUCUUCAACAGUCUGUGGUUCUCACUGGGAGCCUUCAUGCAGCAAGGAUGUGACAUUUCUCCCAGGUCCCUGUCUGGCCGCAUCGUUGGUGGCGUCUGGUGGUUCUUCACUUUGAUCAUCAUCUCCUCAUACACAGCCAACCUGGCUGCCUUCUUGACCGUGGAGAGGAUGGUGUCACCCAUUGAGAGUGCCGAGGACCUAGCAAAGCAGACAGAAAUCGCGUACGGGACGCUGGAAGCAGGAUCCACGAAGGAGUUCUUCAGGAGGUCUAAAAUCGCCGUGUUUGAGAAGAUGUGGACGUACAUGAAGUCAGCAGAGCCGUCGGUGUUUGUGCGAACCACGGAAGAAGGGAUGAUCCGAGUGAGAAAAUCCAAAGGCAAAUACGCUUACCUUCUGGAGUCCACCAUGAAUGAGUAUAUUGAGCAGCGGAAACCCUGUGACACCAUGAAGGUGGGAGGUAACUUGGAUUCCAAAGGCUAUGGCAUUGCGACGCCCAAGGGGUCCGCCCUGAGAAAUCCAGUAAACCUGGCAGUGUUAAAACUGAACGAGCAGGGGCUUUUGGACAAAUUGAAAAACAAAUGGUGGUACGACAAGGGCGAGUGCGGCAGCGGGGGAGGUGAUUCCAAGGACAAGACAAGCGCUCUGAGCCUCAGCAAUGUGGCAGGCGUGUUCUACAUCCUGAUCGGAGGACUUGGACUAGCCAUGCUGGUUGCCUUAAUCGAGUUUUGCUACAAAUCCCGUAGCGAGUCCAAGCGGAUGAAGGGUUUCUGUUUGAUCCCACAGCAAUCCAUCAAUGAAGCCAUACGGACAUCGACGCUCCCCCGAAACAGUGGGGCAGGAGCCAGCGGUGGCGGUAGUGGAGAGAAUGGCCGAGUGGUCAGCCACGACUUCCCCAAGUCCAUGCAAUCAAUUCCCUGCAUGAGCCACAGUUCAGGGAUGCCCUUGGGAGCAACAGGAUUAUAACUGGAGCCGAUGAAGAUCCCUUGGGGAGCAGGCUCGAGCUCCCCCAGCCCCAUCCCAAGCCCUUCAGUGCCAAAAACAACAACAAAAUGAAACGCAACCGCCACCAACCACCACAACCACAAGAAGGAUGAUUCAACAGAUUUUCCUGAAGAAUUGAAAACCAUUCUGCUGUCCCUUUUCCUGUUUUGAUGUUCUUUCGCCCUUUUCUGUUUGCUAAAUAAGGAUGAUAAAUAACACUGUACUGCAAUAAGGGGAGAAUAACCCUGUCUAAUAGAGCUUGUGUCUCUGAAAAUGGAGUCACUGGAACACUAAUGAGGAAACUACUGUUUUCUUUUAAUUCGGUUGUUAAUGUGUCUUAGUGUGUGCAAUUUUUUUCUUACUAAUAUUCAUGGUUUGCAGGUUUUGUUAGGCCCUUUCCUUCUCCUUACUUCUUAUUCCCAACUCCCUACCCAUCUCUCUUCAGUUUUCAGAUUGGAGAUUCAAGAUUUGUUCUACCUUAAAAGCAAGAAAGGGAUAAAAGCAGCCUUCAAACUAAUUCACCAUGGGAGCUCUUCAAGUUACCCUUCACUCCUCGGCCCCAAGCCCUGAAUGGAGACGGAGGUUGCUGAAGGAGUGAGCUGCCUUCCCCAGACAGGGAACUGCCUGAGCACUGAUUUAGUAGAGAAUGUGUGUGAAAAGCAACUCAGACCAAGGGUGGCGGAGAGGGCAAAGGCAGGUAUGCACUCAGUGGAGGACUCAUGAAGUCAUUGCUGGAGGCUCAGAUAAAGCUUCCUUUAACGUGUAAGAACCAUCUCAUAGGCCUUAGAUGGAAUAUCUUUCUUCAGAGUCAACCUUAGCCCUGAUAAGUAUGUCCUUCUGAUUAUUCUCAAGCCCAAAGGCACUCUGGUGGCUGAAGGGCAGUUGGCCUCAUAAACCAAGUAGAGACUUGGGGAACAGCUGACGGCCAGGGGAGACAUCAUUCUAGCUCUUCGCUUGCUUAACAUCUGAGCAGGAGCCCGUUGUGGAGUAGACUCUUUUUCCUUUUGGAGCCUCUGAUUUGGAGGGAAAUGCUAUGCAAGCUAAGUGUGAAAGGUGAUGAAAAACUGUUGGAAAAGGAAGUUUCAUCCAAGUGACAGAACCUCUGUGGUGUGCCCUCUCCUAGGUUUGAGAGACUGAAUAUGAAGCUUAGGGUUUUGCUUACCUGGAGAACCUGGGUAUUUAUUGUCCAUAUAAAAAUGUUAUUUUAGCAUGGGACCAGAUAACAUUCUGUCAUCUUUAGAAAGUAAAAUACCCAAGGCUGAACUAUUUGAAGGAAGAAAGGGAUAUGGAUUAAGCUGAUACUGACAUUGGGGCUCUUAAGAUCCCUGACCCCAACUUCUAACCCAAGGAGGCAGACCUUCCCUCUGGCUUAGACAGAAUGCAGAUACUGUAUUCCAAUAACCAGAAUCAAUACGCCCAGGAUUGUGACUUUAAAGCUGAACUAAAGCAAGAUUGGAGAGGCGACAGAACUCAUGAAGAGAAGCCCAGGCUGACUGCAACUUUAGUUGGGAGGGGGUGGUUCUUGGCACAUGGCUUUCUUGGAGAUCCCAGUUCUCAUUCUUGGUGCAAUUGGCUUCCAGCUCUCCAGCAGCCACUCUCCUAGGUGCAUGAUUCAGUGCGUGCCAUGUGUCAUUAGCUUUAAUUGAUAACCAUAUUCUGGCUUGUUCCCUUACCCCAUACUUCUACCCAGUCUUCUCUGCUAGGGGUUAUCAUUAGCAACUGACAAACUAAAGGUUUUGGAGCCUGGCUACAAGUAGGCGCAGCAUGACUGGCUUCAUCUGUGGAUUCUCUCAGUGGACACCCACCAUCUCUACGUCCUUCCCAUUCUUCUUUCAUCAGCCAUAGCAAAGAACCAUCCCAAAAUCAAACUCUUCACCCUUUUAACUCAAGUGUUAUUGUUCAGUCUCUCACGUGUCAAUGUGGGCAUGGUACGUGAAGCAGGACCCUCAAGAUGGACUAUCAUUUUUCAUUACUGCCGGCUGAUGUCCUCCCAAGUCCCUGCUCUCUCAUCAGAUUUUUCUCAGCCCUUAGCCUACCACUGCAGAAUCUGAUAUGACCCGCCAUUAGGGAAUCUGCCUUUCAAAGGAGUUGGAAAUAACCCUCUACCAUCAACAUGCUUCAAAGACCUUUUCUCUUUUGCCUGGUAAGAUGGCUCUCCAGCUACUGAGCUCACCAGUAACAUGAUCUGAUAGGGAGAGACCAUCUAUUCGAGAAAUGAGGGUCUAUUCUAUAUGGGAGUCCAAGACUCCAGUGGAAGAUGCUUUUCACUGAUGGAGGAGUGAUGGGGAAAACAAAAGCAAGAAAAAAAGUUAACUUGUAUUAUGUAUUUUUACUACACUUUUCUUAAAAAUAGAGCAAUGGGAAAACUCUGAAAGAGAUUGACAUUUUUCUCAACAGGAAUCCAUACUUAACAGUUCUAGAUUUCAUUAAAUUUUGCUCUUUGGUACCUGGGCUUUUUAUUUAACACCUAUAUUUGUUUUAACUCUCUUUGCAGAUGUGUGAAAGGAUUUUUGCUUGAUCAAACACUAAAUAGUUUUUUCGGUUCCUGUUUUUUUUUCCAAGUAGCCAGGUUUUUUUUUUUCUUUUCGUAUUUGCAUAAAAUGAAAGUAUCACCGAGAAUUAAAUCACUGUGGAUCCAUUA